AUGGUACAGAUUGUUUCAUCUAGCCAAGAAAGAGUGGCUGAGGGUAAUCAUGUGACUCUCACCUGCAACACCACCUGCAAUCUACCCGACAGCCCUUCAUUCAUCUGGAGUAAAGAUGGACGUCCUGUAGAGAAGAAGCAGAUCAUCAACAACCAGCUGCAGCUCCACUCAGUCAGUUAUGAAGAUGAGGGCAGCUACACCUGUGCUGUUAGAGGACAUGAGGGUCUCCCAUCUCCACCCAUGAAGAUAAAUGUCAUGUGGGAAGCCUGUGUGUUCCCCUUCCACUAUAAGGGCAAUACGUAUAGUGACUGCACCACUAAGGACGGACCAGCUCUUUGGUGCGCCACCACCCAGAAAUAUGUCAGGGGUAAAUGGCGGUACUGUGAAGAAAUGGGACCAGUGUAA